GAAAGCAGAACAGCUGGAAGGACCAGAGGACAGGGGAGCUUCCCCUCCUACACUCAAGCAGCCAAAAGGCAGCCACUGGAGACGGUGUCUUCAGGCUGAGAGGGGCUCCCAGAGGGUCCUCAGUCAGAGCACGCGCACCAUGCUACCCUGCCUCACCCUGCUUCUCCUGAUAGGGCCGUCAGUAUGCAACACAACAGGUGACAGUGGAGAGGAACUGGCACUCAGCGCUGAAGCAGGGCCCUGGGUGACCCUGAUCCUAGAGGAGAUCCCUGUCCCCAGCAUUCAGCUCCAGCUGCAGGAGGGGAAGAGGAGCAAGGCAAACCAGUUCUUUGGGCUGAUGGGGAAGCAGGUGGAAGGAAUACCUCCCAUCCAGCCAGAGAGAGCAGGGUAUAAGCUGGGACAAAUGGCCCAGGCCCUCCUGAGCAGGAGGGGAUCAUCCAUGGAAGGUAAGCGAAAGCCCCUGGUGGGCCACAGGGACAUCAUAGGAAAGUGGCCUUGCAUUUUGCUGCCAAUCAGACAGAACAGGCUUCCACAAGCCACCAGCAGUAGCCCCUUGGGAGAGGGUAGGGGUGUAGGGAGGUGAUCCCUGAUGAUUCAGAACAAAAAUAACAUGGCUCUGAAACUGUGCCCUCUCCACCCCAACAUGCCCCAGCACACUCUGCUCUGCCCGUGGGGGCCAGCUGAACCCACAGACAGUGAUGUGUAGUUCUCCAUCCUGAAACAUGCCCUUACUCCCUCA